AUGGACGUCGGAACAACGAAAAUCACCAACCCGAAGCAUAUCGAGGACAGCUUCAUAGCAGAUCUCGCUGUGAAAGAUGCUGUGGCUGUUCAAGAGGUCGAGAUCGAUCCUGCCCUGGAGAGAAAGCUGCGAUGGAAGAUCGAUCUGUACUUGAUGCCGGCACUGUGGAUACUGCUCGUAUUCAGCUACAUUGACCGUUCCAACCUUGGGAAUGCCAGGGUAGCCGGCAUGUACACCGACCUAAAGCUGAAAGAUAAGGACUAUUACCACGCAGUGGUAACUUUCCAGGUUGGGUAUCUCAUUGCAGGGACACCUUCAAACAUGGUUUUGGUCCGAGCCAGGCCAUCGCUAUAUAUCCCAGCACUCAUGUUCUUGUGGGGUACUUGUGCAACGUGUCUAGGGGCUGUGCAGAACAAACAUCAGUUGCUUGCUGUUCGAUUCUUGCUGGGCAUAACGGAAGCUGGCUUUGCGCCCGGGGUAUUCUUCCUUAUCAGCUCAUGGUAUAAGCGUGAAGAACAGUCUGUAUCCACCUCCAUGAUUAAUGCUUACAGAAGCUUAUCCUCGUCCUUUAGGUCGAAACGAUUCAUUUUCUUUUUGAGUGCAUCUAUCCUGUCAGGUGCCUUUGGCGGUAUCAUUGCUGGAUUGAUCGCAAGGCAUCUCAACGGAGCACAGGGGCUUCCUGGGUGGAGAUGGCUGUUCAUCGUUGAAGGCACUUUAACCGCUGGAAUAUCUUUCAUUGUCCCAUUCUUUCUGCUCGACUUCCCAGCCACGUCAAAGAGACUGUCUCCUGAAGAGAAGAAAAUGGCCAUCGCACGGCUGGCGAAGGAAGACAUUACAUCGAGAAACGCGAACGUUGCUACCAGACUUACCCAUUGGCGAGCUUUUAUUUCGGCUAUUACGAAUUGGAGGCUGUACUUCCUCGCCUUGCCCUACAUGCAGCUUGUUGGCUCAAGCGCAUUGGCAUACUUUUACCCAUAUCUCAUUCAGGGACUGGGCUAUACUGCCAUCAAUGCCCAGUUUAUGACUGCCCCUCUUUAUGUCGUGGCUUUAGCAAUUGCCAUUCCAACAUCAAUCCUGGCUGAUAAAUUCUCCACCAAACGAAGUCUGUUUGUUGCUACGAUCAUGCUGAUCGGCUCGGUCUUCUGUGGCCUGGCAACAGGAAUCCGUGCCUAUAUCCCUCGAUAUGUUUUUCUCUGCUUUAUCAAUUCUGCAAUCUGGACCGGAAGCCCGAUCGCAUUAUCAUACGCUACCAGCCAACUAGGUCCGGUGGAUACCGAGACACGCGCAAUCAGCUUGGGGAUUGUUAAUGGAUUGUCUCAGUUAGCACAAGUUUACGGCUCCGCCCUGUUCCCCAGCAGAGACGCGCCCGAUUAUUUGGUGGGUUUUGGUACUUAUACUGGUUUGUUCGCUGUGGGAUCAAUCAUUGCGUUCGCCGGACACUUUCUACUGAGGAAAUAUCCAUAUCGGGCGGAUUUCGAGUAA